AUGUUAGGUCAGGUCCGAGUCCGAGAUUUUAGGUAUCAGAUCAGGUACGGGUCAGUUAUGCAGCACUACAGGAAUCUCAAGAUUAGAUCCGUAUUAACAAUACUAACAGUGUUCACAGUAUUAUGUAUAUUGUUUUCAUUGAACAAUCACCUGCAGGACAGUCGUCUACAGGACAUUCAGGACAGGAUCCAUGAGCUGGACUGCGGGAGUCACGUGAAUCUCACUUUCGACGAGUUUAAUCCCGAUGUUAUAGACGACGGGUCGUACAUACCGUCACCGAAACAAUUAGUGCCAAAUAUAGUUCAUUAUAUUUUAUUUACUAUUCAUGAGAUCGAGUUCUCACACUUCGUGUCUAUUCUGUCGGUACUGAAGAAUCAAAAACCAGACAUUAUUUAUAUUCAUUGCGAUUGCCAUCAAUUGACAGGUGAUUACUGGCCACGUGUUCUACGGUUAGCACAGUUGACGGAAACGCGACUUAUUGUGCGAUCAAUUUUCAGACCUUUCGGCAUAUUUGGCCGCAAAUUCAACAAAUUGUGGCUCAAUUGGCACGCAUCAGACAUCACCCGAAUUCGUGUGCUCCGGGAGUUUGGCGGCAUAUAUCUGGACAGAGAUGUAUAUGUAGUGAGAAGUUUGAAUCGCUUUCGCACACAUGAGAUGACCAUCGAUUUCGAGGGCAACGGAACAGUGUUGGCCUCGCAGACACUGAUAGCACAUAAAAACGCACGAUUCCUCAAACUAUGGCUACUAUCCUAUUGUGAAUAUGACUCCAAGUUCUGGUACUAUAAUACGGGAGUAUUGCCAACCAAAGAGAUUAUUGAGAAGAGACCCGAACUCAUACAUCGAUUGAACGGCGAGUUUGGCGCCGAUUCUGUGGCUUUCUGUCCACUUAUAUAUCAUUCGUAUUAUAAGAAUUGGAGGCAAAAGUUUUAUGCCUUUCAUCUACUUAUUAGAGGAGAUUAUCUGUCGCCCAAUGGCUGGUGUUUGGGCGGCAAUCGGCCAAAGAUAUCGCAAUUCAAUGAACAAAAUAUUCGUCAAUUGAACACAACUUUCGGUGAAAUGACKCGCGAAGUCUUUGCCUUUGAAACACAAUUAGUGAAUAAGCAUUCAAUUCGUUAA